GAAACACGAGUUGACUGCACCGUGCUAAUCUUAUCACACCGGGCAACAACAUGAAGUGUCUCUUACCUUCCUGAUUAACGAACCGCGACCAAAAAUGUUCACCACAGAUUUUUGACGUGGAGCGUUGAAUCUGUCUAGAAGAUGAUUCUCUAGCGUAAUCGGACAGUAUUAAUCGUUCAUUGCUCAGUAUUUUUUUAACCCGCAUUUAUCCUAUUUUUUCUACGAUGGCCGCUAUUUUACUACUCCUCUCUUUUUUCUUCUUUUCUUGUGUUUAUUCUCAACACGACGUUCGUCCCCGGAUUUACGAGCACCCCGACAGCGGUAUCCGCUUCCAGGAGUCCGCGGGGGGCCGUCCCGGGAAUCUGUUCACGCUGGAUCAGUAUAACCGGAUCUAUCGGCUGAGCGGUGACAGCGAAGGACAGGGCUUCCGCACCAGCGUAUCCCCCGCGUCGACGACCACGCAGGACGCGGCGCCGCUGCGUAGUCAGUUGCUGCUGGUUAGUGGGAAUGAGACGGAGACGGUGCUGGCCUGCAGUGAUGGAAGCGCGUGUGGCCUGGCUAACGGGGAGAACUGGAGCUGGAGCCCGCUGGAUCGCACGAUGGGAUCGAACAAUUUUUCCCAGAAGCAGCAGGUCCUGGGCGUCGUCUUCGGCGGCUUCUACUACAUCGCCGCCGAGGACAGCGGCACCGAAUCCUCCCUCCCGGUCCUCAGCGUCCGCGAACUGAAGAACGGCCAGUUCCAGUACCGGAAAAAGAUGGCCGGCAACGUGGAGGCCAAGAUCUUCGUCAACCAGGCCUUCCGCAACAAACGCCCCUGGAAGCUCCGCCCCGUCUUCCUCACCGUGCGCCCCGCCGGCAGCCCCUUCGGCUACCUCAUCACGGUGCAGACAUCGGCGCGGCCCGGCGGCAGCUUCGAGUCGCGCAUCGGCCGCUUCUGCGCCGAGGACCGCUCCCUCAUGUCCUACAUGGAGACGGGCAUCCAGUGUACGGGCCGCGCGCCCGGGGCGUAUACCAUCGCCACGGCGGGGAGUGUGCUGACGCGCAAUAACAAGACGCAGCUGGCGGUGGUGUUCGGGAAGAACCAGCCGGGGACGUGGGAGACGGCGCGCAAUAUGGACACGGCGGUGUGUGUCUUCUCCCUGGAGGAGCUGGACCGGCGGUUUGAUGAGGAGUUCGGCAAGUGUCAGGCGUACAUGUACAAGAGCUCCGAUCCCGUGGAGAAGCAGAUGAGUAAGCUGCCCUGGAUUGCCGGGUUGGGACCGCGGGGGCUGCCCAAGAUGUGCAGCACGAGUCGGGACAAACAGUGCACGCAGAUAUCCAUCAAGAACGACUUCAUCGACGUCAAGGGCACUGUGGACGGGAAGGCCUGUGUGGAGACGUGGGACAUGCGGGCGCUGCAGCUGGUCAGUGUCGAUCUGCCGGCGGCCAACGGCGCUUUACAGGAAUCGUUGGCGGCGAUGUACGUUGAUAAUACGGCGCUGCGUCUAACCGAAUUGACACUGUCGGAUGGUAUUUGUCAUGCCGAGCCGCUGUCCCUCGUCCCCACGCAAGUACCAGCCCGGCAGCGCAACCAACCGCCGGCGUUUGUGCCGUCGCAGCUGACCAAUGAGGGCCGCGCGUACGUUGUCCUGGCGGAGAACAAGAUCCAAUCGUUCCCGGUGGGCUGCGGCAUGCACGCCACCUGCAGUCAGUGCAUGCUGGCCAGUAAGCGGAUGGGUUGUGGAUGGUGCGAGACGGGGUAUUGCAGCACCACGGAGAAAUGCGACGCGGCGUUUUAUACCGAUCGCUGCAUUCCGGUUGUUGAGGAGUUUUCCCCGCAAAACGGCAGCUUUGCCGGCGGCACGGAAGUGACCAUUAAGGGCCGCCUCUUCGGCUCGCGCAACGCCAAGGUCAGCGUGCUAAUCGCCGGAGCGGCGUGCCCAGUUAUCAGCCGGACCAACGACACCGUAAUUACGUGUAAAACGUCGACAUCAUCGGCGCACGGCCCCGUAGAGGUCACCGUCACCGACCGGAAAGCCUCCAACCCCGAUCUGAAGUUCGACAUUCUGGGCAAACACCAUCUGGCCUCGCCGGUCUUCCGUUAUCUGGCGCCGAAAAUCGACAGCAUCGCGCCGGCCUUCGGUCCCAAGACCGGCAACACCCGUCUGACCGUUACCGGCCGCGACCUGCGCAUCGGCAACCAGCAGGAGAUCCUGGUGGCCGGCAUUGCCUGCCGCGUGAUAUCGGCGACCGGCGACACCGUCAUUUGUGACACCGGCGCCUCGGAGAACUCCCAGAAAGGCGGCGUGGCGUUGGUAAUUGAUGGAAACAAGGUGGAGUCCACCGGGGAGGCGGUUAGCUUCGAGUAUCGCGAUGAACCGGAGAUUCGCCAGCCGGCGGCCAAACUGAAGAUGACGCUCAGCGGGAGCAACAUAUUCGUCUUCCACGGCAGCAAUCUGGACGCGUUCAGCGCCCCGCCGGUGCUGGUGCUAACCGGUUCAACGGCCGCCGGCGCCAUGUUCCAGUUCAACAGGACGUGCCUGCCGGUGCAGCAGGCCGACGUGCUGCAGUGCCCAGCGGUGUCCCUGCGCGAGCAGGCCGACGAUCUGGGCGGGAUUAAGGACGUCAGCGUCCGUCUGGCCGGACCGGAAGUGGUCGGGGACGUGGCGCAACCGUUCCCGGUGGAGGUCUUCCCGGACCCGGAAGUGGACAUGUGGAACGAGGAGAAGACGCCCGAGUUCACCGAGCGCCAGGGCGUCCAGCAGUACAUCAUCAAACUCACUGGAAAACGGCUGGAUACCGUCCUGGCACCGGGCGAAUACCACAUUGUGGUGGACCGCGAACCGUGUAACGUGACGAAACUAGAGGAAAACAACCUGGAGUGCCGCGUGAAAUACAGCCCGGAUCUGGACCAGGGCGAGGCCCUCCUGCUCUGGUUGGCCGUGGGCACCGCCGCCCCGCGCCGCUUCGGCGAACUGAAGCUGCCGCCGCCGAGCGCCCUGCCGACGACGAGCCACGAGGAGUACGGGAAGAGCAACCGCGACGUGACCAUCGCGCUGGCCGUCAUCGGCGGCGCCCUGACCCUCGCCGUCUUCGUCGCCAUCGGGGUCAUGGUGCGCCGCGCCCGCCGCAAGGCCAACGACACCCCGCCCUACUCCCCCACCUGGCGCGAUAUGGAGUCCGCCGAGACCCUCCUCACCAAUGACCUCCAGAAUAAUUUGUUGUACGGCCGCGGGCGACCGGAAGUCCCGCUGACACGGGAGUUUAUCGAGAGCUUCCGCAAGGACCGUUUGAUUAUCGACCCCGCCUACCUGGAGUACGGCCGGGAAUUGGGAGCGGGCAGCUUCGGGACGGUGUACGAAGGACUCUUGCGCUCGGAGAUCGGCGAGCCGGCAGCCGACGCCCGGCGGGUGGCCAUCAAGACCAUCCAAGAUCUGCCGACGCCCAGCAGUCUGAAGGAGUUCUUAAAAGAGGGCCUGGUGAUGAAGGAUCUGCGGCACAAGAACGUCAUGAUCCUCUACGGCAUCUGCGUCAGCUCGCCGGACGGGACGCUGACCAGUCCGGGCCUGGUCAUGCCCUUCAUGAGCAACGGCGAUCUCCACACCUACAUCCGCAAAAAUGAAGUGGUGUUGAAGGACAUUCUGGGCUUCUCGGUGCAGAUCGCCGAAGGCAUGGCCUACCUGUCCAGCCAGAAGAUCGUCCACCGUGACCUGGCCGCGCGCAACUGCAUGUUGGAUGACGAGCUGAACGUGCGCAUCGCGGACUUCGGGCAUUCGCGCGACCUGUACGAGUCCAACCUGUAUUUCAACCCCCAAUCGCAGACGCCCCUGCCCUACCGCUGGAUCGCGCCGGAAUGCAUCCACAGCGCCUACUCCACCAAAUCCGACGUGUGGAGCUUCGGCGUGGUGGUGUGGGAGCUGUUCCAGAAGGGCGAACGGCCCUACGGCGAGCUGGACGCCAUGGCGCUGCUGGAGUCCCUCGGCAAGGGCUUCCGUCUGCGACACCCGCUCAACUGUCCCGAAGCAGUGUACAACCUGAUGCAGCAGUGCUGGAGUCAGGUGCCGGACAGCCGGCCGGACUUCCAGAGCCUGUGCGUCAAUCUGCGCGCCAUCCAGAACGCCCUGCAGCUGAACGGCAGUGCGCCGCGCUACGAGAACGUCUACUCCUUGUCGCCCAAGAACGAUCCCGACGACAGCGACGGGGAGGACACGCCGGCGGACACCAACUACCUGAACGGAGGUUAUUUCGCCGCUCAGCAAAACUGAGCAGGCGCUACCAUUAAACGGCCGGGCGGAGCAAUAAAUAUCGGCCGUGGCGUAUUUUUUUCUCUUCCAUUGAUCUUACACAGCGGAUUCCGCCGACACGGGCGCUGGAUUUUUUUUUUUGGACGCGCACCGCGAUUUUCCAUAGCGGCAGUCGUGGGCGCCAUUUUUCUUGCGGGGAUGUUGAUGGUAUAUGUAUUUCGUUGGGUUGUUGUGUUGGCGGUGUAUAGAAGAACCGAGAUUAUUUUGUUAUUUCUUUUUCCUGGAUUUUUUCGAUAUAUUUUGUUGAGUGUACGCCAUUGCUUGAGACAAGUUUAGGCUGUCAUAUUGUACAGCGUAUUUUACUUUAUUUUUUUUGCCGUUGAGAUUUGUUACUUUAUCCUUCCCAUGGAAAUUUACGGUAAUCAAAAAUUUGUACAAAAAAUUCCCUAACCGAGUAGAGCUUCAGUAGAAUAUAUGCGCUUAGCACGAUGACGAAGAACUACUGCUUUGAUUCCUAUAAUUUGUACUUAUGUGUGCCUUGCUUUUUUUUAACGAUUGAGUAAUCCUAAUAA